CGACCAAGCUAGUUUAACGCUUGAUUCACUUCUAAAAGAGAAAGUUAAACGGAUUCAAGAAUAUAAGGUUCUGGGAAUGUUCUCUGAAGGCAACUAUGGUCGAAAGUUUAACGCUUCCCUCUAUAAUAUAUCAGUUCCCUUCGGAUCCUUAGUCGAGAAAACUGCCAGGGAGAAGAUAUUAACAAUGCAGAAGAAUUAUCCAGAUGCUCAGUUUUAUAUGUUCAGUAAUGAUGUAAACUUUGAUCUAUCUACCCUGGUUAUAUUCCUGAUGGCUGUGAGCACUGUAACCAUUGGCUCCCUUUGGUCUGGAUAUGCCAAACAGAAUCUUAGAAUUAGGAAAGAGACCGGGUUAGAGGGUGUUAACUCCAGGAUGCGGGAUGAGGAGGGAAUAAAGUCCCAGGAUGGAGGUGGAGGGGAGGAGGAGGAGAUCUCAGUUCGUGUCUCCCCACUUCUCAUCAUGUUCUUUGUGUUCUGCAUGUGCUCCAUGCUGGUUCUUCUCUACUUCUUCUUCAACCAACUUGUUUAUGUGAUAAUGGCAAUGUUCUGUAUUGCCAGUAGUCUGGCAAUGUAUAGUUGCUUUGAACCUCUUGUUAUGGCAACUUAUGCUCUUCCCCUUCCAGUUCUCAGGUUACCCCGUAUAAACCUCUACAUCUGCAGAUUAGAUUUAGAGAUAAGACAGCUGUUGUUGUUGUUAAUAUCUCUGACAACAGCUAUUGUCUGGUUUAUAUUCCGAAAAACUGACUGGAGUUGGAUUCUACAGGAUUUCCUUGGUAUAAUGUUCUCUAUCAACAUGCUCAAGGUACUGCGUCUGCCUAGCUUGAAGAUCUGUACAUGCCUGCUCUCCGCUCUGUUCUUCUACGACAUCUUCUUCGUUUUCAUCACGCCUCUCUUCAUGAAGGACGGAAAGAGUGUCAUGGUCGAGGUUGCAACAGGGCAUUCUUCUGACGAACAGCUUCCCAUGGUUCUACGAGUUCCACAUCUUAAUCAUGAUCCCUGCUAUACCUAUACUUACAGUUUGCUUGGAUUCGGAGAUAUUCUUGUUCCUGGACUUCUUCUAGCAUUCUGCCACGGGUUUGAUCUGAUGAUUGGUACUCCGUGUAAGAUCUACUGGGUAUUGAGCUGCAUCUGCUACACACUGGGUCUAGUUGCUACAUUCAUCUCUCUAUUCCUCAUUCUGUUCCUUUCCCCAUCCAGAAACACCUACCCCUAA